GUGCUCAUUACGAGUUCCUUUUACGACUUAAACUUUUCAACGAAGCCAGGCCUCUUAUAAAUACCGUGUCUUCGUUUCUCAUGCCAGAAAAUCCACUCACUAAUCCAUAUCCCUCCAUCGUUCCCCCAAAACUAAUCGAAACAAAACCUUCUAUUCUAAUUCUAUUCAACCACUUUCACACAACACCACCCUCCUACCAUUUCAUAUUCACCACACACAAACUACUCUUCCUCCUCCUCUGACAACCUAAGCUCUGUGCACAACACUACUCCUUUAUACUCAUUUUUUUCCACCGCUCGCCGCGUCUUUGACACUGACGGUUGUGGUUAAAAAAUGAAGAUCUCAAUAUCAGCCUGUGCCUGCAAGCAAGAGCUGCCCCUAGUAAGUUUCCAAAAGGGGCUAACGAUGGAGUCGUUGUUUCAUCAUCGGAGUAAGGACAAGGUGAUAAUCAUAAUGGGGGCCACGGGUACCGGCAAGACGAAGUUGGCCGUAGACGUGGCAAAACACUUCCAACCAGCGGAGAUAGUGAACUCCGACAAAAUGCAAGUGUACAAGGGCCUCGACAUCACCACGAACAAGGUCACUGAAGAAGAGUGUCGAGGGGUCCCACAUCACCUGCUUGGCACUGUUGACCCUAAUAUAAAUUUCACCGCCAGCGACUUCUGUCGCCACGCCACAUCCGCAAUUGAUUCCAUUGUGGAAAGAAAUGGCCUACCCAUCAUUGCUGGAGGCUCCAAUUCUUACUUGGACGCACUCGUGAAUCACCACGCGGAGUUUCGGUUAAGGUAUAAGUGUUGUUUCCUCUGGGUUGACGUCUCUCUCCCCGUGCUCCAUUCCUCUCUUCAGGCACGUGUGGACCGCAUGAUCGACGCCGGUCAAGUCAACGAGGUUAGGGAAUUCUUCGAUCCUCGCGCCGAUUACACCAGAGGGAUCCGAAGGGCCAUUGGGGUGCCCGAAUUCGAUGACUUCCUACGCGCUGAAGCUUCUGGAACCGAGGACGAGACAACCAUAAAGAGACUUCUGGAGGCUGCCAUUGCCAGGAUCAAGAUCAACAACUGCACGCUCGCCAACCGCCAGAUUCAAAAGAUUCACCGCCUCCACGGGUUGUGGAAACGGAACAUGCACCGCCUCGACGCCACAGAGGUUUUCCUCGGCUCUCGCGACGCCUGGCACGACCACGUGCUCGCCAAGAGCUUGGUCAUCCUUCACAAGUUCCUUUUCGAGGAAAAGAAAACGCACGUCCCCGCCGGAAUCGUGUCCCCGAAAGACGUAAUUGCAGCUGUUUCUGCGCCGUCGGUAGCAAUGGCAGCAACCCAUUAGGGGGAGGAAGUAGGGCCAGAGAAUCUAUACACAAAAGGCCUCACCAUUGGCGCAUGCUUCACACUGUGGCAGUCCAUAUCUUUUUUAUUUAUAUAUAUUUCAGGUCAUGUCAU